UCAAUACAUUGUCAAGCAGACAAGUGAUGUGAAUAAAGAAAAUUAUCAGUUAGAGGAUUAUAAGUUGAUCCAAUACCAAAAUUUUCAAACCUUACAUCAGAAGAACUGUAUGGCAGAUAGUAAGGAUAAUCACUACUGAGAUCUUCAGAGUUAAAGGGUUAAAACCAGUAUCUGUCACCUGUCAGGGAACUUGCUGAAUUGCUGAGAAAUAACCUGCAGGAAACUACAAUCCCAUUUACGGGAAGAAAAAAUGCCUCUGGUUGCAUUACUUGUGGAUGAUAUCACAGACAAAUUGAGAUAUGCUCAAGAAGUGUGACUAUCUUAUGUUACUCACUUCAACAAAGCUGCAAAUUUGUAGAGUUAUAAUUGAUAAAAUAUUAAAGGUAUUUAAUGCAGCCUCUUUGAUUCCGGGUGAUAUCUGGGAAGCUGAAGGACCAUUUUCCCUUAGUUGUAUGGCAGACAGGUUCUGGGACACAGUCCAACAUGAAUGUUAAUGAAGUGAUCAGUAAUCAUGCCAUUGAGCUGAUGGGUGGAGAGAUGGGAUCAAAAAAACCUGUUCAUCCUAAUGACCAUGUCAACAAAAGCCAGGUCAGAGGCUUAUUUUAGUUUGGUUAAUAUUAGGGUGGGGAAAAGGAGACAAUCCUCAUAUAGAAUGAUGUGAAAGUGCAAAGUUUUCACAAAUCAUAAGGGGCUACAUAUCUUUCUCAAUGACGUGAUUCAUCUAGUGGCUUACCCUUCAGAAUGUUCCCCUGCUUUCAAUGAACUUUGCAAAGGGCGGGGGGGCGGGAGGAGAGAGAGAGAGGAGAGAAAGGCAGGGAUCCUGGUGGCCUUAUGAUUGUUGACUGUGUUAUGUCUCCAUAUUUUUUUCAUCAUCACUGUAACCAAUAAAAAUAGCUCCUUUAUGUUUUAAUAACAAUAUUUUUCUCUCUGAUUACAGAGCUCUAAUGACACAUUUCCAACAGUAAUGCAUAUAGCAGCAGCAAUGGAGGUGCAUGAACGUCUCGUCUGUUACCAGGACUAAGAAAGCUUCAUGGUGCACUUCAGGCUAAAAGCACAGAUUUCAAGGAUCUUGUUAAGAUUGGUAGAACACAUACGCAGGUGAAUUGUCUGAUCUUGUGUCUUAACAGACUGCAAUAGUGCCACAUGCUAAUUACCUUUUACAGCUCAGUGGAAAUCCUCAGAAGUUUGAUGCUUUCUCUUUCUUUAUUGUUUCCCUCUGUUAACCCUUUCACUCUCAAGAUCUGAUUAUUAAUUCUCUCCUCUAGCUGCUACACAUUUCUUGGUAAAUUAUUUACAAGAAUUUGGUUUAAGAUCAAAGCAAUGAAUUCUACCUGAUAAGUUUUAGGAUCCUCAUAACUUGUUUUCUGAAAAUUAUUAUUAUAUAUUGGAGGGAGAAGCUACAUGUUAAUCACUUUUGAAAUUUGAAGGGUUAAAGGCAUGAAUAUUAUCAACUUCUCAUGAAAAGAAUCCCAAUGAAAUUUCUCCCACAGCCCUGGUCAGUAUACAGUAGGUUGCAUAGCAUAUGAACAUUGGUUGGUUAUUGUUUUUUUUGUGAGGUUGAUAAACAAAACAACUGUGUUCUUCACCUGAAUAAAACUAGGUAAAUUAAAAAAUCUGGUGAUUAGCAGUGGAGGAUUUGGUUAAUCAUCACCUUUUACAUGUUUUCGUUUUACAGGAUGCCACACCCAUAACUUUAGGCCAAGAGUUCAGCGGUUAUGUUAAAAAGAUAGAGUAUGGUAUUGCAAGGGUGGAGGGCACCCUUAUAAGAGUGUAUGAGCUGGCUAUUGGUGGAACAGCUGGGGUACUGGACUGAACACAAGAAUAGGAUUUGCUUGAAAGAUGUCAGCUAAGAUUGCAGAGUACACUAAGCUACUAAUCACAAGGUGUGAAAUGGACUGUUAAUUUGGAAUAAACAUAUUACUCUAUGUACUGCUCUAUGAUGUAUUCAAAAUGUUAAGGAUUGUUCUAAACACCACAACAGACAGAGGCUUGUUUUGGGACCAGACAGUUUAUUAAAUGUAUAUCCUAUGUAAAUAACACACUAGACUAUUACAUAACAAAGAUACUGGAUGGAUACACUAAACCAAUGGUCCAGUAAUCAAGAAUAAAUUACAAACACCAAUGAGAUUAAGGUACAGUCAAAACUGUUGAUGGUGUAGGUGGAUGGGAAACUAAAACUUUCUUAAUGCUAGAAAUAGACUUGUUGCUUGCUUGCUUGCAAGAUUACUAAUAACACGCACACAUGUACCUAAGUGGUAAUAUUACAGUAAUUUGGCAAUUAAAUUGCAUUAGCGUUGUGAAUAGCCAUUGGCUCUACCUAAGUCUUAUGACUUAUAUGCUGAACAAAUUGCUCAAUCUUAAGAAAAGGAUAAAAUACUUAUAAUGGAGCUCACAGAGCAUAGCCCCAUAAUUAUACAAAAUAGUAGUAACUCAUCAAGCCGAAAAAAAUUUGGACCAUAUGACCGUACAAGGUGCUACUUUUAACAUGCAUGGUCAACUGUACUGCGGGCAUGUCAACGCCACAGCUUUGUUCAGUAGUCCAGUGGUCACUGCACCUGGCCGGGGCAAGACAUUGAGAUGUGCGGGGAAAAAAAUGCGAGCUCCGCUUUUAGGCUUGGCUAAAUCUAUAUAUUAUGUACCCAGUUUAGACCUCUUAGUUAUCAAUGUCUAGAUUCUUAGUAAUAGAGAUUAAUAUUCACAAUUUGUAAGUUAUGAAAAGCAGUUAUUAUUUGGCAUGUUGCUUCUUGUAGUUAUGAAUUUUUUAUUUAUUUUAUUGCUUUGUACCUUAUUUUUGGUAAAUGAUGUACCUUUCAGCAAAACAAAUUUUAUUACUUGGUCGUCAUCAUUUUUUGGGUAAAAAGUUCUCUCUUUACUUUAAUCUUGGUCACUAAACAUGACUACCAAAAUGUGCAAUAAUCACACUUUUUAUCUUCUGUUUCCUUUAGUGCACCAAACAAAUUUGAUGCCCUUGCAGCUUAUGAUGCUCAUGGCAGAGCUUCAUGGAGCACUAACUGUGAUGGCUUGUAAUUUGAUGAAGAUUGCAAAUGAUGUCAGGUUUUUAGGCUCAGGUCCUCACUAUGGAUUGGGUGAGCUGACACUUCCUGAAAGUGAACCAGGGAGCAGUAUCAUGCCAGGUAACAAACAACACAAUUCAUCGCACUAAAGUACUGAACUGUUUUAUUCAUACAGAAUCACAGUUUUCUCUGAAUCCUGAGCAUGUAUGAUUAAAAACAGGUUAGCAGUGGUCACUCUCUAUUGGCUACAGAAAAACCCUUAACAUUACUCUAACCCUAUUUCUUGUACAGUGUGCAUGUAUCAGUUUUUUCCCUAAUGCUCUUGACCCCCAAGAAGCCAACUGAAAAUGUUUUGCUUAUCUUAGGUGAUGCACAGAGCACUUUCCUCUGAUGUCUUGUUAACCCACAACCAAAGUUAUCACAACAGAAAAUCAGAAGAAAGGAAAAUAUCCUGAAGAACCAAUGAAAACUCAAAGUGAAAACAAGCAAACUUCUUAAACAUAAGAAAGUGGGUGUGGCCAACUUGUAAUUGAUUCAAGUUUGGCAUCUAAUUGGUUGAGUGGCACAAGUUAUCUAGAUCAAUUACUGAGGGAAGUAAUCUAAAACCAAUACAAUCCUGGCUUGAAUUCAACACUCCUCGAAAAUUGAGUAUUGAAUGUAAUAAGAACUUGUUUACAAGUUUCCUGUUUUGUAUAACUAGGCAAGGUAACCCAACGUAGUGUGAAGCCAUCACUAUGGUCACAGCUCAAGUCAUGGGCAAUCAAAUGACUAUGUCAGUUGGUGGAAGUAAUGGUCAUUUUGAAUUGAACAUCUUUAAGCCAAUGAUAAUCAGAAAUGUUCGGCAGUCAACACAGCUGAUCGGAGAUGCCUGUGUAGCCUUUACAGAUAACUGUGUUGUGGGAAUUCAAGCUAAUGUGGAUAGAAUCAACCAGUUGCAUGACAAGUCACUCAUGUUAGUGGCAGCAUUGAACCUUCGUAUUGGUUAUGACAAUGCCACUAAGACUGCAAAGAAAGUUCACAAAGAAGGCACAACUUUGAAGGAAGCUACUAUAAGCCUCAUGUUUUCAACUCAUUCUUUCCAACUUUUACUAGGUUUUAAGACAAUUUAACAAUUUGAGCAAGUUAUCAAGUUUACAACUGAGCUAAUUUCAAAGCAUUUGCCAUGAAACUUCUUUUGCAAUCCAGAUGCAGUAUUGGUAGUCCAUUUAAUUUAAAUACAAUACAUAUAGAUGUACAUGUACAUGUUGUUCUUGAAAUUAAAUGCCCACUAUUCCAGUGCAGUGAAAUUACGCAAAGGGGUGAUUUUCAAAAUUUAAGUACCUGGCUGAAAGUUGCACAAAAGGAACACCUCCCGGAAACAUAAUGUGUUUAAUUAGGCCAAGCUGUGUUGUGGAUUUGGGAUGUAUAUUUAAUUGUUAUUCAGCAAUUUGUGAAAAUACAGCAGCAGUGACUUGGUAAUAAGGCAAUAAAUUAAAUUUUCUGUUUCAUCAACCAAGUUUUUCAUCUGUUUACAAAGAUGUUACAAAUGGAAAAUGCAUUUACUUUUCUAGUUCUGUUCU